UUGGUCUCAAACAUAUAACAACGACACAACACAAAUUCCAAUUAAUACGUUACCUGAAAUAAAACUUAAAACUAUUAAUAUGGUGUGUGAAGUACAUACGCCCAUCAUUGAUAUAAAGAGAUUUUCUUCAUAUAUUAGACUUCAACGCGCUUGCGCGUAUGCGUUACGUUUUAUAUAUAAUUCACGUACAAAAAAUGUAGCCGAUCGUUGUCGCGGCCCUUUAUCUACCGAUGAAUUAAACAAAGCUACCAUGGUUAUUGUUAAAGAAGUGCAGUUAGAAUCGUUCCCUAAUGAGUACACUUGUUUAAUUAAUAAACUACCAGUAAAAACAUCUCGCAACUUGUCAGGUUUAAAUAUAUUUUUAGAUCAAAAUAAUGUUAUUCGAGUCGGUGGUCGAUUAAAUAAUUCGGAAUUUGCUUACGAUAAGAAGCAUCCCAUUUUGCUGUGUAGUAAACAUUACUUUACUUUGUUAUUGCAUCGUCAUGAGCAUAAUAGAUUAUUGCAUGCGGGACCUUUGUUGCUAUUUUCCAACAUAAGAAAUACUUGGUGGCCUAUAGGCGGCCGUAAUAUAGCGAAAAAGGUUGUGCAUCAAUGUAUAACAUGUAGUCGAAUGAAAGCGAAAGCUAUACAACCUAUCAUGGGUAACUUACCUAGUGAACGUUUACUUUCAGGAUAUCCCUUCUUGUGUUGCGGCGUUGACUACGCCGGGCCUAUGUAUAUGCUUAAUCGUAAAGAUCCUGAUGACUACACACCUCUUACUCCAGCCCAUUUCCUGGUCGGUCGGCCACUCACUGCUCCAGCCUGUGAAGAUACCACUACCCGAGCUGUACAUGCAUUAUCACGGUUCCAGCGACUCGAACAGCUCAGACAACAUUUCUGGAAGCGAUGGUCUACUGAAUAUAUUUCGGAGCUACAGAGAAGGACUAAAUGGAAAGAAAACAAAGAGACAAUUACACCGAAUUCUCUAGUACUAAUCAAGGAUGAUAAUCUACCGCCACUGAGGUGGCGCUUGGGAAGGAUUAUUUCUCUAUCACCAGGGAAGGACGGCGUGUCAAGAGUCGCAUCCAUUCGAACUGCGACAGGCGUCAUUCAGCGAGCCUCUUCCAAGAUAUGCCCUCUUCCGGUGUCUACUUCGGACACCGCAGACACUGGCCUCCAUUCUCCACGGCACAGACAGACUUCUGUUGAGAGCAAUCAGUAGCUCUCAAGGCGGGCGAGUAUGUUCCUGCGUUACGCCAUCUAGCGUUGAAGUCGUGAACUAUUAUAAUCAAGAUCACAAUUAUUAUCGACACAACAAGAUACAGCGGAACCUACGGCGAAAAACUUCCACUGUGAUCGGCGAGAUGGCGCUUUUAUCCCCGGAAGGAACACAACAGCCAUUUUUCAAGACACACAUCUCAUCUUUAUGUCGUACGAUACGCCUCACAAUAUUUUAUUACUGUACUU